AGAGGAGAAGUAGGAGGUGGAACAGGAGGUGGAGGAGGAGGUAGCAGCCAAGUAAGACGUUCUUGUCAUGUAAAAGCGAACCACUUAAACGAUGCCAUAAUAAUAUGAUGAUGAUGAUGAUGAUGAUAAUACUCGUAAUUCAAACAAACAAAUAGGAGAAGAAAACAAUCGAUGAAUAAAAUUAAAAACAAAAUAGAAAUCAUUAAAUUAAUAAAUAUAAGAACUGAAGAAAGAAUCAGGAAGAAAACCGGACUAUUUGACGGACGUAAAACAAGUAAAACAAGACUGAGUGACAUCAACGAAUACUUAUAAGAACUCAAAACAAAUCUUCGGCAGACACUGGAGUGAAGGUCGCUUUAACUGCGUGUCGUCACUGUCUUGUUUUUUUGCUUUUAUUUUUUAUUUCUGCUUUUUUUAAAAAUUUGGCUUCGGUCCCCAUUCGAAACACACACACACAUUUACACACUCGUAGACACGCGUAUACAUAUGAGUGCAUGACGAGAAUGGGGGCUAGUUCCUCAAUGGACACUUCACGUGUCAUACACCUGGAGUUGGAUGGCCGAAAGGAGAAGAUAACAUUUAGUCGCCAUUGUUGUUCGAAAGACAUUCAAGACCUCAUUCUUCAACUCGCCGGCGGAAGUAGGGUCUCCAAAGUAUCGCUCCAGAGUACUGAUGGUGCUUAUAUUCCAGUCACACCCACAAUGCCGACCAAUUCAUCAAAUACACCAUACCGAGUGCACAUACAAGAUCUAUCAAACACUUGUGACCCACGUCAAGGUGACUCUGAUUUUUGCAAUACAAUCGUUUCUCAAGUAGCGGAGAAGUUCAAUAGUGUAUUUAAAGUGGAAGAAUUCCGACAGGAAGUGCAUAACAGAAUCUCCUCAAUUGAAAAGCGACUUGAGAGUAAGAAUAUCUGUCAGUUUAUUUUUUGUGUUUUAAUGUGGUUGUGUUUGCAAAGAUUGUUGUGCUCUAAUUGGUUAUAUAUAUAUAUAUAUAUAUAUAUAUAUACUAAUAUGUUGCAAUUUGUUUCUUGCUUUGUUUUUAUUAAAGUACACACGCACACGCGCGCACAUACACACACUCACACGCACACACACACACACACACACACACACACACACACACACACACACACACACACACACACACACACACACACACACACACACACACACACACUAAAUGUCUAUGUUUCACACAACAAUCAAUGGUGCAUGCAUAUUGUAAACUUCUUUUCUCAUAGGCCGGUUCUAUUUCUAAAUGCUGUCGAUACUCUUUAUAGUUCCUUAAGCGAUGAGAAAAAAAUCAGCCUGAAACGAAAUAUACCAACUUAUCCAAAGUAUACAUUGUCACAAGAGACCGUUGAUUAUCUGAAACAGCCAACAUUUGACAUUUGGUAUUGGGAACCGAACGAGAUGUUAAGCCUUCUCGAACAUAUGUACCACGAAAUCGGUUUAGUUGACGAAUUUAACAUUAACUCUAUCACAUUGAAACGAUGGCUGUUAUGUGUUCUUGAAAACUACCGGAACAAUCCCUUCCACAACUUCCGCCACUGCUUCUGUGUGGCUCAAAUGAUGUACGGGAUGAUACACUUAUGUGGGUUAUCCCAAUAUAUGCCAUUGGAAGAUAUCGGUAUACUGCUGACAGCUGCCGUGUGUCAUGACCUAGAUCAUCCGGGCUACAACAACACAUACCAAAUAAAUGCCCGUACAGUUCUAGCUAUCCGAUAUAACGAUAUUUCCCCAUUGGAGAACCAUCAUUGUGCUGUGGCUUUUCAGAUACUUUCAAAUCCUGAGUGUAAUAUCUUCGCCAAUUGCGACAAGGAGAAGUUCAAACGCAUCAGAGCGGGAAUAACGAUGUUGAUUCUAGCGACUGAUAUGGCGAGACAUGCUGAGAUUAUGGACAAAUUUAAUUCAAUACUUUCUGAUUUCAACUUCGAAAACAAGGAUCACUUGAAUACGCUGAAGAUGGUCCUCAUCAAGUGUUGCGACAUUUCCAACGAAGUGCGUCCAAUGGAAGUGUCCGAGCCAUGGGUCGACUGUCUCCUGGAGGAGUACUUUAACCAGGCUGACCGGGAGAAGCUGGAAGGGCUCCCAGUGGCACCGUUCAUGGACCGAGACAAAGUCACGAAACCUUCGGCUCAGAUCGGCUUCAUUAAGUUUGUCCUCUUGCCCAUGUUCCAGAGUGUUGCUAAGCUUUUUCCUAAAAUUGAAUCGUCUAUGGUAGUACAGUUAGAGGGAGCACUAGAACGGUACGAGGAGAUGAAAUUACACGAUGAUGCUCGUAAAAAUAAAUAAACCAAAGCGUUUGGUGGCUGUGAUAUUUGGUUGACCAAGAUACCACAGAUUGUUUAGUAGGUACACUGAGAAAAAAAAAAGAACCAAAUAGAUGAGAGAACGAGAGAAACACAUUGAAAGACACUGAAAGAUGUUUGUCACUGCGAACUACAACAAGAAGUACAGCAACAACAUUUUAAGACUACUUCUUUUUCAUUCCUAUAUAUAUAUAUAUCGCAAGAACAGCACCAAGAGCAGUGCCAAAUGAAAGGACUAAAUUUUUUUUUUAUGGGAAUGAAAGGAAUUUUGAAUAAGUUGCGUAGCCUUAAACUAUCGACUUGAAACAUGAAAAAUAUUAGGAUCGCUCUACGCACCAUCGCUACACUGGACUAAAAUACAAUGUCUGAAGUGUGUACUAGAGAAAAUUAUGCUACACCUCCAUUACACUACAUUGCAUAACACUAAACUCUUCUGUUCUACACUUCAAAAUCCCUCAGUACCUUUGCACUACAUUAAACUAACACACACUGCACGAGUACACUGCAUCCUAGAAAAACCACUUCACUUAUUGCUUAGAAAAAAUGAUUAACAUCUCAAACACGUUCACCGUGCUCGACUGGCCAUGCCAAAAUUUCGCCUCUUCCAGUACAAAAUGAAAGUGAUGUAGAUAGUGUAACCAAGAAAUAUAGAGAGCUACAUAGAUCUAUCAAACAUUAUAAAACCACAUAGUGUAGUUUCUGUGCAUUUUUCUA